AAAUUGGUUUUCAUUUCUUUAAAAUUACUCCUCCAUCCAUAUAUUGGAUUCCUCUCUCAGUCAUCCAAUCCAAUUCCAUCUCUCAAACUUCAAACUUCAAGCACCUGCCCAGCCCAGCCUCAUUUACACAACAGCUCAGUUCCAACCUUUAAAAUUUGCAGUAGAAUUUAUUGAUGUGAGCAGAGCCUUUCAACCGGAGGGGAAGGAAGAAGCAAGCUCUCUGUUCAUUUUCUGUUGUGUGUUUUGCUUGAGACCAUCAUCCUUAAAGACAGAAUCUUUUUGUUUUGACUCUGGGAAGAAAAUGGUCUUCAGCAGAUGUACCGUAUGCAACCCAUGUUACUACUCUGAGUAUGCCCACAAUUCUCUAGUCUGGGAGGAGUAAAUCAGUUCAAUAUCGACUCGAGCGAAUGGGGACUGAGAAACAAGGCUCCAAGCGAGGAAAAAAUGUCAGUGGCUUCCUCCAACUUUUCGAUUGGAAUGCAAAAUCCCGAAAGAAGUUGUUCUCGGGCAAGUCAGAUUUCCCAGAAAAAUCGAAACAGAAGAAGAGAUGCGAUGGAAAUUUGCCAAUGACUAGGCUUCAAAUGCUGGAUGAUGAUGAGUAUAUUGGUGGCUCUAGCAUAAAAGGGAGCAGUGAAUAUAGUUGUGCUUCAUCUGUCACUGAUGAAGAUUUCCAUGGAGCCAAGGCCCCUGGAGUUGUUGCUAGACUUAUGGGGUUGGAUUCUUUGCCAAGAUCCAUCGGCUGCGAACCAAACUCUACUCCGCUCUUUGAUUGCCGGUCUCUUCCAGGUUCUUGCUGCCAAUCUGAGAAUCUUGAAUAUCGUCGAGAUUCUCAGAUGAUGCGUGCCAAUAGUUUGCAGGAUGUGCCUUCAAGAAAUGAUGCAUCUCAGUAUAUGCGUGCCAGUAGUUUGCAGGAUGUGCCUUCAAGAAAUGAUGCAGAACCGACGUUUCAGAAGGUACCACACAGGCCACUUGCAAAAUUUCAAACGGAAAUCUUGCCGCCUAAAUCAGCUAAAGCAAUUCCGGUUACGCGAAACAGACUCUUGUCUCCCAUAAAAAGUGGGAAUGUGAUCCCACCUGAGAAUGCAGCUCACAUAAUGGAAGCAGCUGCCAGGAUUAUCGAGCCGGGGCCUCUUGUCUCUAUGAAAGCUAAGCUUCCUCUAACAGCUUCCUCUUCUGUGCCUUUCAAAGUAAAGGAUCUUAAAGAGAAGGUCCAAGCAGCACAAAAGCCAUCGAAGGCGAUUUCUGAAGGUUCUCAGAGAUCAGGGGGGGCUAGCGCUGUCAAGCAGUUUCGAGGGCACCGUGUAAACAAAAGUGUGAGUAGUCCUGGAGAUGCAACAGCAUUGAGAAUUUUUCAGGAUCUAGGAGAAUCUCCAUCCGGGUCAAAAGGCAACAGAAAAUCGAUAUCACUUGCAUUACAGGCUAAGGAAAAUGUCCAGAAACGAGAAGGCCUGAACUUGAUUGCCAACCGGUCCGUAGCUGUCAACAACCUUAAAGGAACAGAUGAGAUCAGUCCAAACCAGCCAGUGAAGAGUCAAUCAAUGGCACAGAAGAAUAUGCUUAAGAAGCCGCCUUCUUCUGCACACAACAACAGUUCAGUUGUGCUUCGCCAGAACAAUCAGAAGCAAAACAACAGUGUCGAUGGAGACAAGCAACCUUCCAAGUCUAAGUUAUCAGGUGGGAAAGUGUUGAGCGUAGAAUCUUCUUCCACAAGGCCACGUAAUUCUUGCAAGCUUGUUAGUAGCUCUAAAGUCAGUUCCCGGAAGUCGGGGUCUGAGGUUAGCAAUGAUAAGAGGCAAUUAGGCUCAUCUGAGUCAGAAAGAGCAACUAGUAAGAAAAGAUCAAUUGAUGGGAAUUGCCACUUUGAAAAAAAUGCUGCUGCCAGCAUUCGGAAGGAUAAAUAUGGGAAAGUAGUUCGUUCUCGCGAAAACAUGAUGAAUGUGCCAAGUAGUUGCUGGGAUCAAGAAAGUGAAGUUGCAGGAACAGAUGUUAUUUCUUUUACAUUCAAUGCUCCAAUGACACGAUCGGGACCUGGUUCAGGGAGAUACAAUGAGGCUGGAGAAAACUAUAAAAGACUUUCAGCCGAUUCUCGAAAUAAAAGGAUACUGCUGAAUUCAAAUGGCAUGAGUGGUGCAGAGUUCCCUGCCCUGGGAAUGAAUGCUGAAGCGACCGAUACAUUGAGCGAACUUCUCGAGCAAAAACUCAAGGAAUUGGCUCUGACGAUAGAGUUUUCCAAACAGAAACAUGGAGGGAUGCUUCCAGGUCAAAAUGAUGUCUUAAUGAGCUCAAACUUGCAAGAAAGUCUAAGUCAUUCGUAUAGCCUGGAAGACCAACAAGGCUCUGGUUUAUAUUCCUCAAGUGAUACAAUGCCUGAUCAGAAAAUCAAGUACCUGGUGGAAGAAGAGAGCAGGAAGUUUCUUGAUUGCCAGCUUCCGGGUCCGGGUCCUGUUUCUGUUCUUGAACAUUCUCCCUUCGCCAGUAGUUGCAGUUCUUCGGACACAGCUGAGAGUAUGAUCAAUACAAGAGGCGGAAAACAAAGUUCAUCUAUGCAAAUUCAAGACACCCUCAGUGACUAUUCGAUGUCGAUCAAUAAUAAAUUGAUGAUUCCAUCUGAGAGAGAAGCUGAAUUAUUGGAUUCAGCUUCCUCAAUCUCUCCUGGAACUCGAAUCUCAGCCAAGUCGGAGGAGAUUGCGAAGCCGUCAAGUUGGGAAAUAGUGUAUGUGAAGGAGAUGCUCUGCAACAUAGAACAGAUGUACAGGAACUAUGCAUUGGGCAGGGCUUGUGAAAUCAUAAGCCCUGGUCUGUUUGAUCGGCUGGAAAGUCGCAAAAGGCACUUGAACGGUUGCGGGCGAAUCGACCAAGUAAGCAGAAGGCUGAUGUUCGACUGUGUGAGCGAAUGCAUGGAGCAGAGAUGCAGAAAGUAUGUGGGAGGAGGAUACAAAAUGUGGACCGACGGCGCAAAGGUUGUCAAAAGGAAGGACAAGCUAGUUCAAGACGUGCAUAAGGAUAUUUGUGCGUGGAGCAGUAUGGGAAACCUCAUGGUAGACGAACUUGUGGAUGGCGAUAUGAGCAGCCGAUAUGGGAGAUGGCUCGACUUUGAGGUUGAAGAGUUCGAGGUCGGAGUACAGAUCGAGUCGCGGAUUCUAAAUUCUUUGAUAGAUGAACUAGUUGCUGAUAUUUUGGUGCUCUAG